AAAAAAAAAAAAAUAAAAAGACAUGGUGGAGCAAAAGUACCAGCUCCAGGUCAAAGUGACCGUCCUAGAUCCUCCUGAGAGGGCCCAAGAAUAUAUCAAGAAAUUCUUAGUUCUCGCUUCGUCUGGAACAUCAAUCUAUGAGCUUCGUUCUAUUGUCGAUCAACGGUUUUCACAAAAGUACCCUCUCGAGAAGGGAAACCUAAAAAUACACGCGCUUACCGACAAAGAUGGGUUCGAACUAGAUGAUAAUUAUGUGGUUUGCGACAUCUUUAAGCAAUCGGACCAGCUUUUUGCAGUUUGCUCUGAAUCAUCAGAUGGAGAACAGCUACAGCUACAGCAGCAGCAAGAACAACAGCAACCACUAAAGCACCAAUAUCAACAGUUCCCACAAUUUCAAACACAGCCGCAACCACACGCACAGUUCUUAGGGCAGCAACACUAUCAAAUGUUCUCACGCCCCCAAUCAAUGCCACCACAAUUCCCAAAGAAGCAGCAGCCACAGCCUCAACCCCAACCGCAACCACAACCACAACCGCAACCACAAUCGCAACCACAACCACAAUCGCAAUCACAAUCACAACCACAACCGCAACCGCAACCACAACCACAACCACAAUCGCAACCGCAACCACAAUCACCGGGGCAGCAGGAUCAACUACCAGAGCUUCAAUCAUCAAAACAGCAGCAGCAGCCACAGCCGCAGCCGCAGCCACAACUGGAGCCGCAACAGCAACCUCAACCCCAAUCACAAUCGCCAAAGCAGCAGCAGCAGCCACAGCAGCCACAGCUACCACAGCAUCAGCAAUUACAGCCUCAAGUGCAGCUUCAAUCACAACCACAACCUCAAUCGCAAUCACAGCCACAGCCGGAACCACAGCUAGAACCGCAACCAGAACUACAGACACUAACACAGCCGCAACCACAAUCAUCACAGCCUCAAGCGCAGCCUCAACAGGCUGCAGUUAAUUCUGCAGGACCUGAUACCAGUACACAUCUGAUUCCACUAAAAAAACGGAAAACUGAUAUCAAGAAUACUAAAAGUGCUAAGGAUGUCAAAGAUACCAAAGAUGCCAAAGAAGCCAAAGGUGCCAAAGAUGCCAAAGGUGCCAAAGAUGCCAAAGGUGCCAAAGAUGUCAACGAUGCCAACGAUGCCAGCAAUGCUAAGGAUGCCAGCAAUGCUAAGGAUGCCAGCAAUGCUAAGGAUGCCAACAAUGCUAAGGAUACUAGCGACGCUAACGACGCUAACGACGCUCAACCAAUAACAUCUAUGAAAGAAACGGAAUUGCCCAGCCCAAUGGAUAGUAUUGACAGCAAAAAAAAGGAAAAGAUCCCUGGUACUCAAAGUUUAAAAUUGGAUGUCGACGAAAAGACUCCAAAGAAGACGACAACCCCGCCCAAGACCCCGAAACGAAAAGAAACCGUGACUAAGAAAAAGCUAGAAAAAGAAAGCCAGGAUCAAGAGGGGGAGAGCCAGGAGCAAGAGGAGGAGAGCCAGAGGCAAGAGGGUAAGGUAGAUAACGCUACUGCUAAUGCUACAGACAAAGCAGACAAGGUAGAGAAAGUGGUAGCCAAGAAGGGAUCCAAAAAGGAAACUGUCCCGAGAACCCCUCGUGCUGCCGCCACGAAGGCUCAAGCCGGUAUCGCAGCACAAGCCAGUAUGGUAGCGCUGGAUCAGCAGGUCCUGGAGAAAGAUGACCAAGCUCUCUCUCCUGAGGAUGAAGGAAACUCUCAGGCUGCAAAGAAGACCCCAUCCAAGAGCUCUUCUCAAAAAAAGAAAUCCGAAAAAGAUUCUGAUGCAAAGUCUCCUAACACCACCAUUGCUGCUGCUGCUCCUGCUGCUGAUGCCACUACACCUCUAAUUCCAAAGAAACGGGGCCGCCCAAGCAAAGCGAAGGCUGAGGCAGAAAAGUUGAAAUCCACUUUGAAUGCCCAGACUGAACCCGUGGUUGCCACCCCUGCUUCCCUGUCUGCACCAUCAGCUUCCCUGUCUGCACCAUCAGCUUCCCUGUCUGCGCCAUCAGCUCCCCUGUCUGCACCAUCAGCUCCCCUGUCUGCACCAUCAGCUUCCCUGUCUGUACCAUCAACUUCCCUAUCUGCACCAUCAGCUUCCCUGUCGAAGCCAACAGCACCCCCAUUGACUGUCAAAGAGCCAGUGGAAGCAGAAACAUAUCCGGACCAAGAAGAGGUUUUUGCCUUCUUUGACCAAAAGAACCAACAGCAGGCACAAAGUCAGUCCAUCAACUCUGCCGCAACAUCUAAAGCAACUAAAACAACUACCACAACUACCGACACUGACACAGCAAAUACUAAUGCUAAUGCUAAAGUUGAUGCAGAUGAUGACUAUCAUGGAGCCCUUCAUCAUCCAGUUAUCACCAAUGUUCCACAACAGAGAUUCAUUAACAGGCCCAGUAUGGAUGACUCAAGUUCUGAAGAGGAAGGUUCGGGCGAAGCCAAUCAGAGCGUUGCAUUGGAGGCACCGCCUGUUGUUGGCCUGUCCAGACCAUCGAAAGCGGGACCAAAAACGACAACGUCGUCCCCAAAAUCACCAAAGGCAAAUCAAGGAUCUUCAGCUCCUGUCAAGACUGCCUCAACAGCAAAGACAACAACUCCAUUUAUCGAUGUUCCACAUUUACCUCCGUCUUCAAAGCUGAAGCAAUCAUUGACUUCUGUCUCUGCUCCUGUUUCUACGCCAGUCUCUGCUUCAGUCUCUGCUCCAGUCUCUGCUCCAGUCUCUGCUCCAGCCCCUGUUCCAGCCUCUACCCCUGUCUCUACUUCUGUCACUGCUUCUGUCACUGCUCCUGUCACCGACUCAAAACCCUCAGUGGUACCUACUGUUAGCGCUACUCGGUCAAAGAAAAUCAAGACAGAAGACUCUAACCUGAAGCCAGGUACGGGACUGCCCAAUGGAAAGGACGUAAGGGACAGAGAUGAGGAGAAACUUCAGCCUAUAAAGAAAAAGCCUGCGCUUAAACACAAGAGUCUCGAGUCCAUCAAAAAGGAGAUUGAAAAGAUUGAAAGCGAAAAUGGAGGCGAAGGCGAAAACGAACCAGACGAUGAUUCAACCAGCUCAGACUCGGAUUCAUCGGAUUCAUCGGAUUCGUCAGAUUCAUCGGAUUCAUCGGAUUCGUCAGAUUCAUCGGAUUCAUCGGAUUCAUCAGAUUCAUCGGAUUCAUCAGAUUCAUCCGAUUCAUCCGAUUCAUCUGACCCGGACUUGGAUUCGGUUACUGACAGCGAUGAUGACUAUGAAGAAAAUGAGGGGAAUGAGGUGGGGGAAGAGCAGGGGGAGGAGGAAGAAGAAGAGGAUGAGGAUGAAGAAGAGAGGAUAGUGAAGAAAGUAAGGAUGAGAGAAGAGAUGGCGAAGCAGAAGAAGGCAAGUGGUGUCCUUGGUAAUGUCUUCAGUUUGAAAAACAACACCGGCAACAUUAAUAGAACCGGCAGUAACGAGAACGACAACAGCGACAACAACGACAACAACAAUGGUGAUAGGAGUGUCUUUACACCAUCACGCCCUGUAAUGGGCUCCUCCAUACUUCAAAAUGGUGGCCUCGCGUCCUUGACAGAUCUCCAGUCUAUGAAUGGGAUGUCUCGACUUCAAACUCUAUCAUUCCUUGCAGCACAGGCCAAAGCACAGGCACAGGCCAAGAGUUCUAUUGGAUCUGCUUUAGGUUCGCCCACUGUACCCGUUGCCUCGGUUCGGAAACCUAAUGGGGGGAUCAAAGAGGCAGCUCUGCUUAUGCAAAAAGUGAGAGCAGGGAAAUCUCUCAAUGUUGGUGAUGAAGAGGACAACACUGACUCGUCCUCGUCCUCAGAUUCGUCCUCAGAUUCGUCCUCGGAUUCGUCCUCGGAUUCGGAUAGCAGCAGUAGCGAAGAGGAAAAGCCCGUUGUGAAGAUUGCGGGUAAGAAGAGGCGAUCCAAUGCCCCCUCGAUCAACGGUGAAAAGACCAAUGCAAAGAAACCACGCAGGAGUGGAAAUCUGAAUGCAAUGUUUCAAUAAAGGACUCCGAAGACAUGAUCCCUCGCUUUUUUAGUUAAAAAUUAGUAAUAUUAAGAGGG